AUGAACCCCAAACACCCCACUCCAAUUCAUUCCAACAUCAUGCGUGUCGCAGUGGCGGGUACCAGCGGCUUGGCGCAGCUUAUCGCACACUAUGUUAGGGAGGAAACAAGCCACCAGCUUGUAAUGCUUUCGAGAAAGGCACAACCAAAUCUCGAGGCCAGAGGCUACCAGAUUCAAGUGGUAAACUAUGACGACUUGAACUCUCUUGAGCAUGCCCUAGCAGGCAUAGACAUCAUGAUCUCCACGGUCAGCGGUCCUCCGCAGCUGGCGCUCAUCAAAGCAUCGGUCAACGCAGGAGUGCGUCGCUUUGCCCCCGCCGAAUUCGAGGGCCCUCCAUCACUGCGCCAAAACAACGAUCCGUUAGACCGUGGCAGGGCGUCCGCGUUGGCAUACCUUCAGCACUACCGCUCAUACUUUGAAGCAACGACCGUCUUCGUCUGCGGCGUUCUCUACGAGCGCUUUCAGCCGGGCGGGCUGGCUGCUGGCCGCCUGGGUUCCUCGACUGGCGUUGGUCAGGAAGGACACUACAUUCUGGAUCUCCGCUACAUGACUGCCCAGGUGCCGGCGUACGAUUCGGCCAAUAACCCGUCUUACGUUUGCAUGACGGCGGCCCAAGAUGCUGCACGACUAGUCGUCGCAGCUCUGGACAUGCCUACAUGGCCAGCUGAAUUCCGCAUGUGCGGCGAAAGGCUCAAAGUCUAUGAUUUGGUCUCUAUUGCCCGGAGUGUUCGAGGAAGGGAGUUCUACACGGAGCCAGCUGUCGAAAGUGCACAGACGCUGAAGUACAAAGCAUCGCUCGCGUCGACGCAAGCGGAACAGUUGAGGCUGCAUAAUCUUGCUGCUACGGCUGACGGGCAGCACGACUUCGCCGAUGCGAAUCUCAACAGCUUCUUCCCUCACAUCCGCAUGACCCGGUUCAGAGAUUGGCUGACAGCGGCCUGGGCUGGCGUCCCUUGA